CAGAUCUAAAUUCACGUUGGUUCAUUCCAUAACAAUCGCUUCCUUGGACAUUGGAAUUGAAAGCAUUUAUUCUGAGGGGGAGGCAAAUAGGUGUUCAUUCUGCCGAAGGAAUGGCUCAAACAUUGCUGCUCAUGUCCAGUGUCGGCACUAAUUAUUCUGUAGACUUGAAGAGGGACUCAUCACUCCAACUUCAAAGGCAAAGACUAAGGCCUAAGUUUUCUCAUCUCCUGCUCGACCCAACUCCCUCUGUUUCUCUUUCCUCUUCAUCCAGGACACUUAAAACUUUUGCUCUCUUCAAAUCGAAGACCAAAGCCCCUUCCAAGGCUGCAAAGCCAGAGCCAAAGCCAAAGGUUGAAGAUGGCGUCUUUGGCACCUCCGGAGGAUUUGGAUUCACCAAGGAAAAUGAACUCUUUGUGGGUCGCGUUGCCAUGAUUGGUUUUGCGGCAUCAUUGUUAGGGGAAGCAGUAACAGGAAAAGGUAUCUUAGCACAGUUGAAUCUGGAAACUGGAAUUCCCAUAUACGAAGCAGAACCCCUUCUGCUUUUCUUCAUCCUUUUCACCCUAGUAGGAGCCAUUGGAGGUCUGGGUGACCGUGGUAAAUUUGUGGAUGACCCCCCCACUGGCCUUGAAGGAGCCGUCAUUCCUCCAGGCAAAGGCUUGAGAUCGGCUCUGGGCCUCAAAGAAGGAGGUCCUCUCUUUGGAUUCACGAAAUCCAACGAGCUGUUUGUGGGAAGAUUGGCUCAACUGGGUUUCGCUUUUUCCUUGAUUGGAGAAAUCAUCACAGGAAAAGGAGCCCUUGCUCAGCUCAACAUCGAGACCGGGGUUCCCAUCAACGAGAUCGAACCACUCGUGCUGUUCAAUGUCCUGUUCUUCUUCGUGGCUGCUUUGAAUCCUGGAACUGGUAAAUUCGUGACAGACGAGGACGAGGAAGAGUAGAGGGUGACGAAAGUUGUACUUUAUGAAUCUUUGUUCGUCCUCUAAAAUCAGUGAAUUGGAUUUCUGUAAAACAUCAGUUGUAUAUCCCUUUUUUCCUAAUCUUGUCCGGAACAUUCCAUGAAAAAUUGCAGCGAGACGGCCAUGAGUUCAACUUUGA